AUGGCAAGCUGGGUCUCCACCCUCUUCUUCCUAAUCUGGUUGUCAGUCUCUCAAGCCCAAGGGGGGAGUGGAAAAAUCCCCACUGUGGAAUUCAUCUCUGAAACCCUGAUUAACAAUGUGGUCCAGGACCCACAGACUGGUCGCAUCUACCUGGGAGCAGUCAACAAUAUCUUCCAGCUGAGCCCGUCCCUCCAGAAGGAGGCCCGCACUGAGACGGGCCCAAAAAAAGAUGCCAAAACAUGUACACCUCCUGCUUCAGGCUGUCAGGACACAGUGCUCAUGCCCAACAGCAACAAACUUCUGCUGGUCCACCCAUCCAAUGGUUCACUAAUAGUAUGUGGCAGUCGGUACAGAGGCAUAUGUUCCCUCCUCAACCUGUCUAAUGUAGAACAAGAGUUGUAUUACAAUGACAACAAAGGACAGCGGACAUACGUGGCUAGCAUAGAGGAUAAUGUGAACGUGGUGAGCGUCAUGUCCAACUACACAAAAAAUGGCCGGACCUUCAAAGUGUUCCUUGUUGGAAAGGGCUAUGGAAGCCUGGACAGUGCAAAACUAAUCAGCACACGAAUCCUUGAGGACUACCAGGACUGGGUUGUGUUUGAGAACAUCAUUGAGAAGGAUGCAUUGGGAAACUUCAAGUGUGGUGCAGAGUAUUUGCCUUCGCCUCUGGCAAGCAAGCCAGCAUUUGCCUUAAAGGCAGAUGCAGCGUUGACCAUGUCGGUCCAUCUGACUGCUGUAACUGUUGCUGUGGAGAAUGACCACACGAUCGCCUUUUUGGGCAGCGCCAACGGAGAGGUCUUCAAGGUACACCUGAGACCAGGUGAAUAUGGCAACGAGCCGUACUCCUAUGUUGGCAACAACAUAGGAGAGAAGGUCAACAAGAACCUUUUCCUUGACCAAAGCCAGAGCCACCUCUACAUUACCACAGAGAAAAGGAUCACCAAGGUGCCAGUGCAGACGUGCCUCGAAAUGAAAGACUGCCAAUCAUGCGUGGGACUGAGGGACCCUUACUGUGGCUGGUGUGUUUUGGAGGGCAGGUGUACCAGGAGGUCUGAGUGCCGACGGGCAGAGGAGAAGAAUGGCUGGUUGUGGAGCCCCAAGCAGCAGUGUGUCAAGAUUGUAUCCUUCUCUCCUUCAAACCUUUCCUGCAGAAAGACCGGCAAGGUGAACAUCAAUAUUCCCUCCCUUCCUACCAUUGGACACUCUGACCGUCUGCAAUGCAAGAUUGAGUCUUUCCAGAGUAACGGCAUCAUGUCAGACUCUGGUGAGGUCUCCUGUGAUCUGCCCCAGCCUGGGCUUAUACCGAAAACACCUGAGGGCCAAGACUUUGUGGCCGUGGCUAUCAGGAUCUUUGUGAAUGAGACUGUGGAGUUGGCCACGCGGGAAUUCAUGUUCUACAACUGUGCUGCCACAGUGAGGAAAUCUGAAAACACACCGUGCAUGUCAUGUGUAAGCAGUCAGUGGGGAUGUCAGUGGAACACGCAGGACCACACCUGCAGCGAUGCGGACAACAGCGUGGUUGUUUCCCACAUCAUCAAGCACCGUCAGAGCGCAAACUGUCCUCGGUUCGAGAAUCCAGAUCCUGUGCUCAUCCCUGUGGGCUACAAGACUCGAAUCAGCUUUGAAGGCAUAAAUCUGAAACAUUACCAGGAGCUGGAGGAGGUGGCCCUGCCCAGGGGCAGAUCACAGGUAGGUUCAGGAGCCUCAUAA